GUAACUCUCGUCUCCAUCCUACUCCUCCUCCAGCUCCUCGGCCUCGCAUACCUUGCAUACUACAUCUACAAAGUCCCCACCUGGACCUCGCACCUCGACGCCCUAUCCAUCGCUCGCAUCACAUCUAGUCUCGACCGCGGUAUUUUUCCGGGGCCAGGCGCCGUAUAUGCGUCUGAUAUCCAGCGUCAGGAUAUGACAGAUGCAACGAUCGGAAUCGUCGAGGGG